AGUUUCGCUUCUCAUUUAAGAAGCUUCUUAAAUUUUGAAGAAGCUGUAGAAUCUUCUUGGAUGAGAAGCGUCUUAUCUGGAGAAGGCGGUCAUAUAGGCAACAUUUAUGGCUAGAAAGUAGACAGUAUCGUGGGCGGUAUCUGUGGUUGAGCUUAAGGGAGUUAAAACCAUGGAGUACUGUAUUGCUAGAAAGGAUGGCAGGAGCCGGAAAGCGCAGAGGAACUUCCUCUUCGGGAUCACUCUUGAGAGGAGGAUGGUGUGCAGAGAGGCUUUUGUGCUCUUCCAAGGAGCGAAGCAGCAGCUGGAAGAGUCUCAACAUCUUUUUUACAUCGUGAUGACCAAAACUGGAUGCAGUAUUCCAAUGUGUCAAAUGAAUCAUAAUUAAUACAAAGAUGAUGCCAAUAAGAGCAUUCCGAACAAUUGAGAAUAACAAGCAACAUUAAAAAGGAAAGCAAAUAAAGCCAGAAAUCAAAAUGUUUUCCAUUUCCUUCAGAAAACCACACAAUUCUUCUCCUUCCCUAGCAGGUGAGAAACAAAAGAGAGAAAAUCAAGAAGAGAUUUCAAGUUGGAAAAAGUAGAGUAUGCAGAACUCAAGGAUAUCUUACAUGAAAAGGUCAAGGUCAACCAUUUCAGAAAAAAGAGGGAAAUAUCUGGAAGUCAGUGGGGAGGAAAAGGUAAAUUGGGAAGCCAUAGCAGGUAGAUCAUAAUGCAGGCCUUGCUCUAGGAGCAAGAAAAUAGUAGCUUCCACCAAAGCAACACUAAACAAGGGGACGCACAUAAUUUUAACCUCAAGAAUAUUACUGCUGGAAAAGCUACACCGAUGAGCAUAUUGUGGGGAAAAGUGCAAUUUGAAAUCACAAAUGAUUAUGCACAAAAUGAUCCACAUUGAAGAAAAGCCAUACAAAUACUCUGAAUAUAUCAAAAGCCCUUCUCAAAAAAGCUCCCUGGUGAUUCAUGGAAGGACCCACAAAGGAGUAGAGCCCACAAGUGCUCCCAAUGCAGUAAAUUAUUUGUGAGCACGACCACGUGGUGAUACAUUGCACGACUCACUCCAGUGAGAAACCCUUUCAAUGCUCUGAUUGUGGGGAAAGUUUCAGUCAGAACUCCAGCCUGGUGAUACACCAGAGGAUGCACACAGAAAAGAAAUCAUACAAGUGUCCUGAUUGCGGGAAAAGUUUCAUUGCAAAUUCCCACCUUGUGAGACACCAGAGGACUCACACAGGAGAGAAACCCUUUGAAUGUCCUGAUUGUGGGAAAGGUUUCAGUCAGAAGUCUAGCCUGGUGAUUCACCAGAGGUCUCACACAGGAGAGAAACCCUUUGAAUGUCCUGAUUGUGGGAAAGGUUUCAGUGGGAAUUCAGACUUGGUGAAACACCAGAGAACUCACACAGGAGAGAAACCCUUUGAAUGUCCUGAUUGUGGGAAAAGUUUCUAUCAGAAUUCUAGCCUGGUGAUACACCAGAGGACACACCUAGGAGAGAAACCAUAUGAGUGUCCAGAUUGUGGGAAAAGUUUCAGUCAGAAUUCCAACCUGGUGAUGCACCAGAGGACUCAUAUAGGAGAGAAACCAUAUGAGUGCCCAGAUUGUGGGAAAACUUUCAGUCAAUAUUCCUACCUGGUGAAACAUCAGAGGACUCAUACGGGAGAAAAACCAUACGAGUGUGCAGAUUGUGGGAAAAGAUUUGGUCAGAAUUCCUACCUUGUGAAACACCAGAGGAUUCACACAAGAGAGAAAUUGUAUGAGUGUCCAGAUUGUGGAGAAAGUUUCAUUAGAAAAUUCCAACUCAUGAGUCACAAGAGGACACAUACAGGAGAGAAACCCUUUGAAUGUUCUGAUUGUGGGAAAAGUUUCAGUCACUAUUCCAGCCUGGUGAAAAAUCAGAGGACUCACACAGGAGAGAAACCCUUUGAAUGUGCUCUUUGUGGGAAAAGUUUCAGUCAGAAUUCCAGCCUAGUGAUACACCAGAGGACUCACAUGGGAGAGAAACCAUAUGAGUGUCCAGUUUGUGGGAAAACUUUCAGUCAUAAUUCCAACCUGGUGAAACACCAGAGGACUCACACAGGAGAAAAACCCUUUGAAUGUCCUGAUUGUGGGAAAAGCUUCACUCAGAAUUAUGAACUGGUUAAACACCGGAGAAAUCACACUGGAGAGAAACCGUAUGAGUGUCCAGAUUGUGGGAAAAAAUUCAAUUAUAAUUCCAACCUAGUGAACCACCAGAGGUCUCACACAGGAGAGAAACUGUAUGAGUGUCCAGAGUGUGGAAAAAGUUUUAGUCAGAAUUCCAAUCUGGUGAGACAUCAGAGGACUCACAUAGGAGAAAAAUAUGGGUGUCCUGAUUGCGGGAAAAGUUUCAUUGCAAAUUCCCAAUUCGUGAGACACCAGAAUACUCACAUAGGAGAGAAACCCUUUGAAUGUCCUAUUUGUGGGAAAAGUUUCAGUCGAUUUUACAGCCUGGUAAACCACCAAAGGACUCACACAGGAGAGAAACCUUUUCAAUGUCCUGAUUGUGGGAAAACUUUCAGUCAGAAUUCCAGCCUGAUGAUACACCAGAGGACUCACACAGGGGAGAAACCGUAUCAGUGUCUGGUUUGUGGGAAACGUUUUAGUCACAAUUCAAACUUAGUGAAACACCAGAGGACUCACAUGGGGGAUACCUUUCAAAUGUCCAGUCUGUGGACAGUACUUCAGGUGUAAAUCACUCUUUAUUUUAUACAAGGAAAUCAACAUGAGGCAAAAGUUGAUAAAUUUAGAGAAGGCUUGAAUUUCAUUUCUGAUCUCCCAUUGAGAGUGUGGGUGAAAAAUUGACUAUUUGUAUUCUGCCCUGAUACUUUUUAGUCAACAUAUCUCAUGAUUGUACCUAUAAUAGUGGAAAAUAAAUGGAGUUUGA